AUGUUAAGUUUUCUUUCCUAUUUUGCUCUGUCUGCAGUAACUAGGAAUGGAAAACGUGAUUUCUAUGAUAUUUUGCAUCUCAAACACGAUGCAACUACCAAUGAAAUUUACCUUUCUUAUAAAGAAUUAUCACAGAAAUAUCACCCAGAUAAAAAUAAAGGAAAUGAAGAAAUAUCCGUCUUAUAUACAAACGUAAAUGAUGCAUAUGCAACUCUGAAAGAUCCGCUUAAACGCAGAAUUUAUGAUUUAUAUGGUGAACAAGGUGUUCACAUAUAUGAGAGUCCAAAGAAAGAAUUAGACAUUAAUGGAAAUCCUAUUACAGAAGAAAAUGAUCUGCAAGCAGCUGUAAAACGUGUUGGAAAAACCAUUCGAUUACAAUUUCCUGUAGAUUUAAUCGAUUUUUACAAAGGACGCGAAUAUUCUAUUAAGUUAACGCGUAGAGGAAUGUGCAGAUGUCCAACUGAGGGAUUUUUCUGCGAAAAAUGUCGUGGACGUCCAACAACACGCGAAAACACAACACUUAGACUCUUUGUUGAAAGAGGAGCUAAAGAAGGCACAAUAGUUACCUAUAAGAACCAAGGAGAUACUUCAGAAGAAAACGCGCCAGGUAAUAUCGAAAUUAUGAUCACUAGCAAGAAGCAUCCAUUAUUUAGACGUGAUGGCUACGAUCUUCAUAUGAAUGUUAACGUCACACUUAAAGAAGCACUCCUUGGCUUCACAAGAGAAUUCGACCAUAUUGACGGAUCCAAACUUAUUGUUGAAUCCAAAGAUCUACUAAGAUGCGGCGAAGACUUCAGAAUUCCAAAGCGUGGACUCCCUGUUCAUAAUGAUAAUUUUGAAUACGGUGAUGUUGUUGUUCACACAAGAAUUUUGUGGCCAACAAAUCUUUCUGAUGCACAGAAAGAAGAAUUGGCUGCUGCAUUGAAACCAAACUAA